AUGGUCAACCAAAGAAAGCAAAAACCACCUCUCACCCAGCGAUCCGAUCCAACGCAGGGUGAAGAGAGCCCCAGCACGAAGAAGUCAACUCAACACAAAGUCAAGAAAGGCAAAGGAAGUCUUUCAAACAAGCAGCGUAGCAAAAUCGCGUCAUACAAUGAGAAACGUGAACAGGCUAAGCCAAGCAAAGAACUUGGAGGCAAGUAUUUACAAGAGAAUCAAAGUUGGUCAAGCUCGCAGGAGAAUCGACGACCACCAAGUAACUCGCAGGAGAGCCGUCAAAAAAAGCCUGAACAAUCGCGAACCUCUUCGUCAAGUCGAUCGUCACAGUCAGCGAUUCGAUCGAUUCAAUCACAACCGACCGUGUCACCAGCGUCUCGUCCAUCAUCAUCUCGUCAACCAUUACCCGCUCACUCUACACUAACUGUUUCAUCGGUCGCUUCCUUGGAUCACCGCAUUCGACCACAACCUGUCAUUCAAACGUUGGAUCCGAAAGUUUGGAAUCUCCGAGAGCUGAUAACAAGUGACAGGGAUACUGAGGUCGACGUGAGCAGCAAUAGCCAGACACGAAAUUCUUCAUCACCAGCCAACAUGUGCCCUCCAUCUGUCAAUGAUCGCUAUCAACGUCGUGUCGUCUUUGUAAGUGCAGCCGAGGCGGACGCAACUGGAUUGACAAAGAGUGGCGAAGAAAUGGUUGGAAAAGUGGGCGCUGCGUUGAGCCCCGUCUCGAUCUACUAUUCGGCGGUAAUCAUCGCUCCGACUGUUCCAUGCUUUCGUACGGCUCGCAUCAUUCUGAACAGUAUCGGAGCAGGUUCAUUUACUCGAAACAACAUCUUUGUGGAGCCGGGUCUACUUGAUGCGUUCGAUCGCCAACGAGCAAUCGUCGACGAUGAGAGGCCAUUUCUGUCGUUGGAUGCAAUGCAAAGUGCUAUGAUGCCCGAGAACCCAAUCACUUCCACAAAGGCACAGCAGCCGCCGGUGAAAAUAUUGUCGCCACACGCCCUCCCGACACCUGAUACACAAAGGCUUCCCUACUUACCGUUCACGACAAGAGCUGAUGUGCGAGCCGAGAAAACGUAUCUACAAUUCGAGAAUCGUGUCACGUCUACUAUUCAACACAUCGUGAUCUCUCAACGUGGAUGUCUUUUGGUGAUAUUAGAUGCGGGUCCACUUGAUGCAGCUCUUCGUGCUCUUGUUGGAUUGCCUCGUUUAACUGUCAGGGACUAUCAAGUGGUGGUGAACGGAGGCCCGAAUCGACCGCCCGCUAUUCCACCCGGAUGUGUGACCAUUGUUGAGCAGCCACAUCUCGGCGGCAAUUGGGAGGUGAGGCACAAAUUCAACGCGCUUGUCUCAUCGGGCGGACAUCGAGUCGAAAUUGAUAUGGCCCAUUUGAAGAGAAAUGCG